CUCGCCGAGACUAACAGCGGAUCACUUCGCAAGAGGCUAAGUGUUGGUCUUGGCAGACAGACAGCAGUCCUCCAUACACGUCUUUGAGUAGAAGCUUAUGAAAGAUGGGCCUAGGCUUUAUUUUAUGGACUGGGCGAUUGCGCUUCAAAAGGUAAUAUAUGAGACAUUGCUGACAUCAAUCCCGCCUACUCAGAGCGCAUAAAGCAUCUUCACCUGACAGGUCAAACUGGUGACUCAACAUAAGCUGAAGCUUCACACGACUGUCUUGUGAUUAGAUGUCCGUUUUCUGACAGGUAGCAUUCUUUGUAUAUAUAGGUUAGCCUUUCUUCACAACCUUUGUAAUUUAUUAUGGUAUUUACCAUGGUCAUUGUUGUUUAAACAUAUCUAACAAAUGUUUUUAUUACAUAUCGGAAAUGCCUAAGUCUCUCUUUACCGAAAUAUACAACACUGACUAACCAUCAAGUUUGAAGUAAACCCACAAUUGCUUUUAAAAAGGGUUUUACUGUUUUACUAAAACUCUCCGCUUACUGUGAUUUCAGUAAGAUCAUUUCUAAGCAUUAAAAGACAUGAAAACAGAUUUACCUUUUAACAUCAAGCUGAUUUUCGGAACGUAAUAUUUUUAUCUUAUCAGUAAACUAUUGUUAUUAUGAGUGAGCGAUGUUCAACAUGGCUGACGGCCAUGCUCCUGUCUAUGGGAGAGAAAAUUUACCCUAAAACUACUUCAAUCGAUGUUGAAGAUGUUUGAAAAAUAGUAAAAACAAAAAUCAGGGAAUGUACAAAUGAAAGAUUUCUGCACCCACUGUUUUACAAAAGAAUAACCGAUUGUGAGACGUGGUGAGUUCUGCUUCUGCCGACUUCUUAAACAACUCUAAGCUUUGAUGAACACAGGCCAGGUUAUGGCCUCAAUGAAACAAAAGGACAAAAAAAAAAAGAAAAAAAGAAAGAAGGCUUCAAGUUCUGAAGAAAGUGCGAUGGAAAGCUCCGAAACAACGGACGGAGAAGAGAGAACAGGCCGUCUUCGUGAGAGAUCGGAUAGUAAUUCCAAAAAAGGUAGGCCGUCCCAGUCUAGAGACAGGCAACAAACGCUACUUACACAGGCCUUUGUCGUCAAACAAGGCGACAAUGCUGCUAUUGUAUAAAGACUUGAGGCCUUACAGAAAACUACCGAUUCGAUGAAACAACUGAUAGAAAACAGCAGAUGUUCACUUGCUGAGCAAAUUGAUAAAAAAAUAAAAAUUCUUACAAGCACUUUGUUUGAAUUAAGAACAGAAGUUGAUCAUCUAAAAAAAAUCUUAGAACAAACUCAAAAACAAGUAAAAAGCUUGGAGGAAGAAUCACAAAGUUUGAGAAUACAAUGUGCAGAGCAGAAGGAACAAAUCAACGUGCUGGAACAGUACUCACGACGUGAAUCCAUACGUGUGUUAGGGAUACAGGGAGACAGAAAAGAAGAAACACCUGCAGACUGUGAAAAAAAAUUACUGCAUAUGAUUCUGCAUGUGCUUGGUUUGACAGAUAUUGAUAGUGCCAAAAUUUCAACACUUCAUCGAAUGGGGAGAGUGACGAAAACAAACCUCGACCAGUGAUCAUAAAAUUCGUGUCGCGCAAGGACAGAGAUCAGGUCAUCAAAACAAAAAACAGACUUAAGGGCUCAAAUGUUGUCAUCACAGAAGACCUGACUAAAUUAAAUUUACAAAGACUAAAUCGUCUGCGGCAACACGAUGGAGUGUUAGAUGCCUGGUCAGCGGCAGGAGGUCGUUUAUUCGUUAAACUGAUAGACCUAUCAAUAAUGGAAAUCAAAAACGGUGACACAAACCCUGUAGAGAAGAAACUGGUGGGGGUUAUAAGAGAGCAACAGCGACAAAGCAGGGAGCCAAACAGACAACAGCGAUAUCGUCAGGGGGAGCAACGACGGCAGCAAGACCAAAGACAACAUCAUCUGAGGUCAGGACGGAUGGGGGACGACCGUCAUGGGGCCUCACCGUCACGUUCCCACUUCUCCCCUACCACCUAUUCGACGCCUUCAACUACCUGGAUACAUGCGCCGAAACCUGUGUUAGAGACAGAUAUGGUCCUCCAUCAGCAUGACGCUAACAAGGAACAACAGCCUUCCACAAGUGAUGUGAGCAACAUUGAUAUGCAAAACACAAGCAGAACAUUGGAUAAUCCACUUGUGUAAUCCGCUUGUGAUAUUCGGUAUGUAUAAACUGAUAAUUCAUGGAUAUAUUUGAUUUCCCCUCGAAACCAGUGUGUACUUGUAAGUAACUUUCAUAUAUAUAUAUGUUCUGUACUCUUUGAGACCUUAAUAAGGGGAGUGAAGAAGCUAGUAGGAAUACGUAGAGCCAAGGAUGGGUUACCUUCUUUUUUAAAAAAAAAAUAACCCACCCUUUGAGACAGUUAUUAGCGCAUUUAAAUUCUAAACUUCACGAACUUUUACUACUUAGAAUUGAGUGUGCUUUCUUUCCCCCCUCCCAUGUACUCGCAUCAAGAAAAAGUACGCAGCCGUAAAUAAAGGUAGCGCUUGUACACAGCAAAAAACUCACCGACGUAAACAUAGAUGCACAGUGGGACUUUUAUGUCAUCCCUUUCUGUAACAGUAUACAUCAUCGACAUCAAUACAUCUGUGAAUACCGCUCAUGGCAAAAUGUUGUGGCCUUGCUGCGCCACCGUGCCAGCCUUUUUGUUUGUUGUUACAUGUUGUUUCUCUGUACUUUGUUACUUUUUACUUUCGGAAGAGGAAACAGUGUAAUUAUGACUCUUUGGGCAGUCUAGUUUUUUUGGUUUUUUUUUCUUCUCAAAUUAGAAAUAAUGGAUAAGUUAACUAUAUGUUCUAUGAGUUUCUUGAUGGAUCUAAAGAAUCUUUUGAAGCAACUGUUUGGGAAUUGGAGAAGUUUGCUCUGUUUUCAGGUCUCAAUAUUAACUUUGAAAAAACUGCUGCAAUUUGGAUUGGUAUUAAUCGAGGCUGCUUGACACGCUAUAUGACUCAAUUAAAAAUUCAAUGGAAUCCUGAAACAUUUACAGUCCUUGGUAUUACUUUUUCUCUAGACCUUGAAGCUGUGAUAAAUAUUAACUACCAAAAGAAUUUUACUAAAAUGCACAGGAUUAUGAUGGAAUGGAAGGCGAGAGAUCUCACACCAAUAGGAAGAAACGCUGUAUUCAAAUCCCUUAUACUGUCUUUAUUUACUCAUCUAUUUAUUACUCUUCCCUGUCCUGGUAAGAAUAUUCUUAAGAAAAUUAGUCAGUCAGCCUUUGAGUUCAUUUGGAAGAAGAAAAUUCACAAAAUUAAAAAAACCACUGUUAUCAGGAAAUACUCAGAAGGGGGACUAAAGCUGACAUGGAUAAGGAAGAUUUGUACAUCAAAUGCAGGCUGGAAGUGCCUUUUGAAUUCAAUUCAUCCACAGAUUUUAAAUUUUCAACAGUAUGGAGGAUACUUUCUGGAAAAUAUUACUGAAACAAAUGUGUUUUGGAAAGAUUUAUUCGCUAUUUUGUCAGACUUUUGCAUUAGAUUUACCCCCUUGUCACUUACAGAAUUUCUGCAUGAACCGUUAUUUUUUAAUACUUUUCUGUCAAAAAAUGAUACACAAAAAGCAGUAGAAAAAUGGUUAAACUGUAAUAUUAUGAAAAUUGGGGAUUUACUUGAUAAUAAUGGAAUAUAUAUGAAAUUUGAAAUAUUCCAACAAAUACAUGGCAAAAAUAUAAACUUUCUUGAGUAUUACAGUAGAAUCCUGGCCAUUGUCAAAUAUAAAAGAAAGAUUGGUCACUUAUGGAAACAAUCAGACAGAAAUACUACAGGCUAUGCACCACUGUUAGCCAUAACCAAGCAUAAAAAAGACACAAAAGGUAUAAAUAAUAAACUGUUAUGUUCACAGACGCCUCCGACAUGCAUUAGAAAAUGGGAAAAAGUUUUUCCAGACCUUCAGUGGGGACAAAUAUUUGAUCAAUAUUUAUUGUUACAAUGGAUACAAAACUUCAGUGGUUUCAAUAUCGUAUUCUGCAUCGUGUUUUAGCUACAAACACACUAUUAUAUCAAAUAAAACUAAGAGAUUCAGAUCUUUGUUGAAAAAUUUUGGAAGGAUCUCUUUACUAAGUUAUAAGAAAAAUGUGCUCAUUGCGAGCAGAUAGAAGUAAAGAAACAGCUAAUACUAUUUGGAGUCCAAAAUGAGCUUAUGACAGAUAAUAUAUUCAGCCUUAUUCUAAUUAUGGCAAAGUUUUAUAUUUACCGGUGCAAAUGUUUCAAUAUUCAUCUAAGUGUGAACUCAUUUGUAUUGGAAAUAAAGAAAAGAUAUCAUGUAGAAAAAUAUUACUACACAAUAAAUAGUAAGCCAGAAUGUUUUUCGCUAAAAUGGAUACCAUAUAAGCAGCUUCUCUUCACACAUUGAAUGUUUUUGUCUGUGCAUUUUUUUAAAGUGAGAAUGCAUUUACAUUGUGGUCCAAUGAGGAGCCUGCGAAUCCUGUUCUUUUCCACAUUCCUCUUCCUCUAUUUUCUCUUUUGUGUUUGUGUUUUGUGACAAUCCAUAGUUUUUUUGUUUUUUUUUAAUGUGCAUAAUGUGUAAUACUAUUUAAUGUCUAUUAAUUUAGUAUUUGUUAUUUAAUCUUCUAAACACAUGUACAUUACAAUAAGUCAAGAUCAUUACCUUUUAUGUAAGUUUUCGUAGCAUCAUUAUCAUUUCCAUUGCUUUAUUUGUAAACAUAUUUCAAGCAUGACGGUGCAAGUGAUUAUUCGUAUGAUGAGGAUCAUGUGUAAAUUUGUAUUUAGAUUUCAGAAUAUUUGUCUACUUUCAUUUCUUGUCCUUAUAUUUGUCAAGACAAAGCAUUGCUAUUUUGAAACUUGUGCUACUAGGUGCUAUUGAUGUUUUUUUUUAUCAAAUUAUGCAAUUAUUCCCCUUUUUCCUUAGUAAAUUACACUUAUGGUAUAGAUUGUGCAUGAUGCCAAAUUGACAUGUUUUAAACACAUACACAUAUGCACUCACCUCCUCAAUCACACACAUAUUCUAUUCUAUUCUGCUUCUAUCUCUAUUGCUAUGUACAAAUGAUAAAUAGACAAUACAUAUAUAUUUAAAAAGAAAAAAAGGAGAGAGAAAGGGGAAGAAAAGGGGAAAAGGAGAAAGAGAAAGGAAAAGGAAAUUCAAAUUUUCUUAUUUGUGAAAUACAGGUGGUUGUGACAUCAUAGAUUCAGUCAAUGACAGAACCACAUAUAUAGCACUGUAAUAAUAACUUUUUUCCUCUAAAAGGUAUAUAAAUUUAAGAAUUGUGUAAAAUUGAUGUUAUGUUGUUUUUUUUUGUUUGUUUUUUUUGUGGUGAAUUAGUAGGGAUUAGGAUGUGUAGUCUCUAGGGAAUGUCAGUGGUAGCUGACAUUGUAAUAGUUGUAUGCUCAAUGGCAUGGAAAAUGUUUAUGUCUUGUUUAAGACCCACCUUCAUUGUUAUGUUUAUUUUUGUUGGUGUAAAUCAUAAUAAAAAAAACUAUUGUUAUUAUGAUAAAACUAAUAGCCAACUAAUAUUCAUAACAGACUUUAAGUGUUUGUGUAUAUUGCAGCUAUUCCCACCAUGAGCUGUGAAAUUAGGAACGAAAAGUGUCCGUUUCAAAUACACUGCUCAUUUCCCACGGCUGCUAAUGAUACACGACCUUUUGCUCUUUACUUUUAUUCUUCCCAGGGACGUCAAGAACGAGUGCUGGUCUGUGGGUACAACGGAUACCCUACAUGCUUUCCCAAAAAAAGAUUCGAGAUAACACAUGAAGGUUUUAACGAUGUCACCAUCACAGUUCCUGACACAUUUGCAACAAGCAAAGGUUUAUUUGGUUGCCAGAAAGGAGACAUUCAUAUGGUUAAAAAUUGUCUGUACAAUCCUCCAGAAAUCUGCAAUACUAUUAGCAGCACUGAAUCUGGAAUCGGUCAUGGGACGACUACAAAAGGUAUCGACCCUGCAGUUCUUGCUGGUGGAAUUCUAGGAUUAAUCGCCGUCAUUGCGCUCACUAUCAUUAUCAUCGUCUGUCUGCUGCUCAAGAAAUACAGACCUAAGAGUUGUAGCCGUUUCAAGCAACGUCUAAUAUGCGCCGAUCCUACACCAGUCAUCCCUAUCGAGGAAUACAACAAACCUUGUCUUGAGAAAGAAAACACAGACAACCAUGUAAACCAAACGACGACCGACCCUGCAUCAUUUAGCUUCAAUGGAGGCAUUGUGGAAACAAAGAAAGUGUUCAAUGGGGAUAACUUACCGACCAUCAAUGAAGACAUGCCAACCGUGGACCAGGAGCACACAUCUACUGACAACCAGAGCAAUUGCGCUUUAUCUGGGUUGCAACCGCAGCCUUCUCCAUCCGUCAGUAGGUCAUCUUUGUCAGGGAGUAAUUCAUCAAAUGCGCCUCUCCUUCCAACAUCAACUGCUAGUCGAUCCCAUCAUAAACAUUCCCGUAAAACAUGUGACAGAGUUGGGAAAAAUAUUAAAAAGUAUGUCCGAGGUGGGGAGGGAGUGUAAAUAACACAUUAGCGAACUUGAUAUUUUGUUCCAAUGAUAAUUUAGGAACGCCUCUCCAUCUUGCAAUGUCUUUCAUCACUUUGCUUUCUGAUUUGAAGAACUGAAUGAUCUGAAAAAUUACGCCGGAAAGACUAUUUUAAUAGAUUAAGUUGUAAAAAGUAAAGCGGAUUGCAUAGAGGUAUUUUGAUGUUCAAUUUUCCCGGAGAAAAAAGAUUCAGUGAUAUAUGAGGCUAAUGGAUGAAUAUUUUUUACCCAGAGAAAAACAUUCUGUGACAAAACAGUACUUGGGAAAAGACGGCACACCUAUUAUCUUGAACAACGUUUUCAGCCGUGAUGUCAGUUCUUCUUUACAAAGAAACUGAAACUAUCCUGAGUACUUCCUACUGCGUUUAUCUAGUCACUGUUUGACAAAAUUGGUAAAGCACUUUUGAUUGUAGAAAUGACUCACUGUUUACAACCUCUUGAGAUCCUCUGUUACAGAUGUCAGAUAUGCAUAAGUUGCAGGAAGAUUUUAUUACAUAUGUAAAUAUUUGAAAUCUUGAUUUUUAGCAUGGUGCAGACGAUUGUAUUUCACCACAUGAUCGUUUCUCUGCCGUCUGUUCUUAAACCUGACUUUAUCGCCUGAUAUGUGUACUUGAUAUGUUUGAGAGAACAGACUUCCUACUUUAUCUCUCAUACAAUAUCUUAUACAGACUCUUGACCAGAGCCGUGGGCGGGCAAUAUACGGUACACUGGUGAUGAGGUUAACCUGUAAAAAAUGUCAGAAUCGUCUGGUUUACUGAGUGCCCCAGGUAAAAGAGUGACUGUGAUAAGAAUCCCUCAUGUCUUCUGGGCUAGGCAUGUUCCAAUUAUUGCACUUAACACAUUUUUCCUAGAAUUUCUUAUGUUUAUGCUUUCCAAAAUCCAACCUCUCUUCCAUGGUCGUGAGAUGUGGAAACGGGCAGAGUAAGGAUUUUUAUCUGAAAUAAAUGGCUAACGGGGCUCUGGUGAAACUUCUUCUGGCCUAGAAAUCCAGGACUGGAUCUCAAAAUGCUCAGAGAACAAACAGGAGAAGAAAAAAGACGAAUUAGGACGGAAAUUGUCUGUCUCGGCUUAAGUAAAGAGGCAGAGAUAGCAUGGUUCACGUAAAAACAUGACAUAUAUCAAUUUUGUAAAUUUUAGACUGUAUAUUUCUUUGUCACUAGCAUGUGGCACAGAGAAGGACAAAUAUUAACGGAUAAAUGAAUCAAGGAAAUGCAUUUCAACUAUGUACUAACAUAGUUUGGAGUGGGAGAAAGCAAAACGCAGUCCAAAGUGUAGCCUGGAAACUAAAAUGUAUGUGCAUGUAUCUUUGAAUCAAGCCCAAUGAACUGCUCUUUGCCAACCACAAGAGUCUGAUCAACAAGAAGCCACAAUACCAUGUAAAAGUGUGAGCAAGGAAUGUGAUUCCAAUGACAUAAAGAUCAGCAUAGAAAACGUUUCAGUAGAUUACUAGAAACUUUGGACUUAAACAUCAACGGCAUGCUAUUCAAACAAAUGUCACAGUAAAACUAUUUUACAUUCAUAAUUAUUACAGAAUGGCAGGACAGAGAGACAAAUACCGAAUCAAAAAAAAGCAAACAAUGUUAGAGACUUUUUUAAUCCCUUCAGAAUCUUUAGUCCCUUCUAAGAGGCACAUAAUCUUACCUACUCUCACAUUUCUGUGCUAGAAUACUUGCCAAGAGAAAAAAACAACAACAGGCAGAAUGAGGUACCUCAAAAAAUAGCAGAUGAUAUUAGACGAAAUAGAGACAAGGUGUGGGCCACACCACUCCCUAUUAACAUCCAGCAGUCAAGAGGUUAACUGGUAGUAUACAACCUAGCUCUCAGGGACAAAACUCAAAAGAGAUUUGUUUUCGGAACUAAAUGACUACCCAACAGAUGCUGGAUUGACCAGGAUUCUCUACAUUGCCCUUCACCAAGCCUCUGGCUUCUCCACUUACCUACGACACCCCAGUCCACGUUAAAAAAUAAAGAAAGCAGAAGAUUGACAACUCCUUUUAAACCUACCAAAUCCAGUAAAUGUUGUCUAAUUCCUUUUUUACAUUUUGAAUGGAUAACAUUUUUGUUAAGUAAUUCAAUUUAAGUAAUUGUUAUUGACUGGGGCUGCAGGAAAAAUGUCCUUAAGUGGAGUUUUUGCAGGCUAACAAGAUCACCGGCAUAGUCAAAAUCCGUCAGGUCGGUGAAAAAAAGAAACAUUACUGUGCGCGAGAGAUCGUGCGAUUGAAAAUUACAUUAAGAAGAAAAACAAAGAUUCUUGACUAUCAAAAAACAAGGCAUGCAUAGUCUUGUGACUGGAUUCAUCUCUCAGGUUUAUGAAAGAUAUUCUGUUUCCAUUUUAACUGAUGGGGAUGAGGAAUGGUGUCUUCCACCGAGCCAGCAUCUAAACUUUUAUGAGGGCAAGGCAGCCAGUCCUGUAAACAGAUGCCACAUGUAAAGAGAGAACAGCGUGCCCGAGACAAGAACUGAACCCAGAGCAACCAGCCCUCACUGUAUUGGUGACAGACGCUAACCGUUGUACCUCGAGACAGCCCAUUGCCACUGACAGCACCUUAUCCUACAUUUAAUGUAGCACAUGCUUUUAUGAUAUCAUAUAUACCAAUUAUUUAUUCAGCACUAGGAGAUAAAUAUGAUUUCUUUUGUUGUGAAAUUUUUAAAUGUUUGUUGUAACAUUUGUGAUAGGAUUUUGCAGUCCUUUUCUUCACAAUGCAUUUACUUUUCACUUUGUAUUCUGUUAGUUACUGGCACAGCGUAAAACUCCAACUAACUUUUUUUUCACAAUACUGACAUGUAUAACGCACACAAUCAUACAUAUAAAUAGUUGGAGAUUUAAGCAACAUACAAAUAUCAUAGUAUAAACAUAAGAUAAUAGAACAUACGAACAGGGCAAUCUACUAUAAUAUAAAAAGUUUUAUUACAAAUAGUACCUUUAUUUAACCAAUCACAUGACUAAAUGAAAAUAGCAAUUUCGCAAAAGAUGUUUGUGUGCUAUUGUACACACCUUGUAUUUUAUAGCAUUAUAUCUUUGCGGUUUGUUUCUUUAGUAGACUGACUCCAUCUUCUUCUACAGUGUGUAAUGUGUACAGUCUUUUUAUGGGGAAGCGCUCAUGAUUGUACAGUUGAGAAGUGAACUCUCAUGAGUGUACAGUAUUUUGGGUCUGAUUACUACUGGCGAAAGGUGCUAUACAAAUGAAAUUAUUAUUGUAUUAAAUAUAACUGCUGUUUGUAUUGCCCAUGUAUUCUAUAGCCUGAAGCUUAGUGAUUAAGUGUGCUAUAUGUAUCAUAGUGUGUCACUAUUAGCUCGUGUAUUAAUGUUAUAUCUUCAGUUAGCAUAGACAGGGAAAACCGUUUUGCUUGAGAGGCUGUAGAUAUGUGUGUUGGAAUGGGAUGGAGGUCAUUCAUGUUUGGUUUUUAUGCAUGUAGGUACAUGCCAAAAUAACCAUACAUAUAUGAAUGUACAAUGUUUUUUAAUAUUAUAUAGAUCAUAGAUCACAGAAUCAAACAAAUCCAUGAUGAUUUAAAAUCAACUGUAUUCAGAUAUCACACAACAGAAGGAACUAUUAAAAGAAGACUGGAUUCAUAUUUUGAUUGUGAUGUAGAUAAUGUGAGAUCAACACGCAACUCAGAAUAACUUCUAUACAGAACGAUUAAUAAAGAUGAUAGAAGUCUAAGAAAAAACAAUGCCAGCUAUUUUGUAAUAUACUACGGAAUAAUGGUAAGUAAUACGACGGAUAAUCCUUUUGAAAAUCUUUUUACGAGAUUUGUAAUGUUGAAUCACAUCUCAUGGGUGUUAGAUACUCCCUGGAAUCCUUGGAUAGACCUUAUGUUCUCCAUGUUGACAUCUAAAAGGUGCAUCCUUGGUUCACAAAAACACGGGGCCUUGGAUUGAUUUAGCCCAUUAAUAUUAGUAUUGUCUUCUGUUGGCUUACUCUGAUUGUCUUAAGUGUGGUUUUGUAUGUCAUAGUGAUGUUGACAUAACAUUCUGAGUGAAAGGGGAGAUUGGUUGAUUAACAGUAGAUACGGCUGAAUAUAUUCCGGCCAAGAAAAUGGAGAUAAAUUGAAGACAUGUACAUUUUGUAGAUAUGAACAGCAUUGCUUAAGUUUUUAAAAUGUUCAACAUAAUUACAAUCUGCAAAUUUGUUCUGGAAAUUAGUACAGGAUAAGAUUGUAUACCUGCUUUUCUCGUAAUAAAUGUCAGCCAAAAGAAAAUGAAUCUCGAAAUAAAAUUCUGAAAGAUCUUA